AUGUGGGAAAACGUUUGUUUCGUAUCGGCUGUGAUUUUAGUUAUUUAUGUAUUAAAAAAGUUAAUAAGCAGUGAACCCAGUAAAACGAAAUAUUAUUUUUACUUUCUUCUCUUUUAUUUAUAUGGAUCGUUCAUGGCAUGCAUUGUUUGUCCGUUCUUUUUGUUUAACCCAAAAAAUGUUAAAAACGCUGCAGUUGGUGCCUGGCUCAUAAAACCUAUAACAAAAGUUUUAAAUCUAAAAUGGAAUUUACGUAACGGGAAAGUUUUAUCUAAAAAUGAAGGAGCCGUUAUUAUUUCUAACCAUCAGUCAUCUCUAGACAUUUUAGGUCUCUUUAACAUAUGGGGUGCGGUGGGUAAGUUAGCGCCUGUAGCAAAAAAAGAAAUAUUUUAUGUAUGGCCAUUCGGAUUAGCAGCCUAUUUAGCAGGGGUAGUGUUCAUUGAUAGAAAGAAUACAAAAGAUGCAUAUGAGCAGCUUAAAAUUACCUCAGAAGUUAUGGUUAAGCAGAAGACAAAAAUAUGGCUGUUUCCUGAAGGAACAAGGAAUAAAGAAAAUGAUAAAUUAUUACCCUUUAAAAAAGGAGCAUUUGCCAUUGCCGUUGCCGCGCAAAGACCAAUCAUACCGGUGGUUUUUUCCCCAUACUAUUUUAUUAUUGAAAAGAAAUACAUCUUUAACAAAGGACACAUAAUCGUAGAGUGUUUGGAGCCUGUGUCAACAGAGGGGUUAACAAUGGAUGACGUGCCGGAUCUAAUGGAACGAGUGUGGAAUCAAAUGAAUCAAAAAUACAAAGAUCUCAUGAAGGAAGUCUUAAGUGCAUUGCCACCUGAUUACAUACACGCAUUCAAAGACCACAAUAUAGCCACAGGAUAG